AUGUUUGCUCGUGUUGCUGCCUCUACAAGGGCACAUUCGAGGUUACUGGCCGGUACUGUUGCUGCCGGUGCUACACUAGCAGUUGCUAACCAUUAUAAUAAUAACAACAAGUUGAUCUCUAACGAUGUCAGCCUGAUUUCUCCUGUAGAGAAACCAGACGUGAAACUGCCUACAAGAGAUGAACUUCUGGAUAAACUCUCCAGAACCAACCAGUUCGAUGUGCUUAUCAUCGGUGGUGGUGCCACAGGUACCGGUUGUGCUCUGGACGCUGCCACUAGAGGUCUGAACGUUGCUUUGGUCGAGAAGAAUGAUUUCGCCUCAGGUACUUCUUCCAAGUCUACCAAAAUGGCCCACGGUGGUGUUAGAUACUUGGAAAAGGCAUUCUGGGAGAUGUCUAAGGCCCAAUUGGACCUGGUCAUCGAGGCCCUGAACGAAAGAGCCCAUUUGCUAAACACCGCUCCUCACCUAUGUAAGUUGCUACCAAUCAUCAUUCCUGUCUAUAACUACUGGCAAGUACCUUACUUCUACGCUGGUUGUAAGAUGUACGACCUGUUCGCAGGUUCCCAGAACUUGAAAGGUUCCUACCUGAUGUCCAAGAACGCUACCAUGGAAGUCGCUCCAAUGCUUGACGGCUCCAACUUGAAGGCUGGUUUGGUCUACCACGAUGGUUCCUUCAACGAUACCAGAAUGAACGCUACAUUGGCUGUCACCGCUAUUGAAAACUCUGCUACUGUUCUAAACUACAUGGAAGUUAAACAGCUAGUAAAGGACAAAGACGGUAAAGUUGCUGGUGCUGUUGUCGAGGACAGAGAAACUGGUAAGACCUACAGUGUUCGCGCUAAAGUUGUCGUGAAUGCCACUGGUCCAUACAGUGAUCGACUAUUACAAAUGGAUGCUAACCCUGAUGGUCUACCUGAUGAAGUCGUCCAAAAGACUGAGCCUAUCAUUGAUGGUAAUGCCACAGUCAAAUCUAUUAUGUCCCAAGUCGCCGUUACCAAGCCAAACAUGGUUGUCCCAUCCGCUGGUGUCCAUAUUAUUUUGCCUUCCUUCUACUGUCCAAAGGAAAUGGGUCUGCUAGAUGCUAAGACCUCCGACGGUAGAGUUAUGUUCUUUUUGCCAUGGCAAGGAAAGGUCCUUGCUGGUACCACCGAUAUCCCAUUGAAACAAGUCCCUGAAAACCCAACUGCCACCGAGGCUGAUAUUCAAGACAUCUUGAAGGAGUUGCAACCAUACAUCAAGUUCCCAGUUAAGAGAGAAGAUGUUUUAAGUGCAUGGGCUGGUAUUAGACCAUUGGUCACUGACCCAAGAAAGAAGAGCAAGGCCGAUGGAAGUACUCAAGGUUUAGUUAGAUCUCAUUUCAUUUUUACCUCUGACCAUGGCUUGGUUACCAUUGCCGGUGGUAAGUGGACCACUUACCGUGCUAUGGCUGAAGAGACUAUCGAUGAAGUUGUUAAGAACGGCAAGUUUGACGCUAAGCCAUGUAUCACUAGAAAGUUGAAGUUGGCUGGUGCCGAAAACUGGGAUCCAAAUCUACCUGCUCUUUUGGCUCAAAAGUAUCACUUGUCUCAAAAGAUGUCCCAUUACUUGGCUGAAAACUAUGGUACUAGAGCUCCUUUGAUUUGUGAGAUGUUCCAUGAAGACCCAGAAAACAGACUUCCAUUGCUGCUUGCAGACAAGGAACAAACCCCUGUACUAGGACAUGUCGACUUCGACAGUUUCCGUUACCCAAUUACCAUUGCUGAAUUAAAAUACGCUAUUAAAUAUGAAUAUGCCAGAACAGCUCUAGACUUCUUGAUGAGAAGAACAAGAUUUGCUUUCCUAGAUGCUAAGCAAGCUUUGAAUGCUGUAGAAGGUACCGUUAGAUUGAUGGGUGACAGCUUAGGCUGGGAUGAACAAAGAAGACAAGAUGAAAUCAGAUACUCUACUGAAUUCAUUAAAACCUUUGGUGUAUGA